CGGAGCCAUGAUGAAGAUGGGUCUUCUUUUGAUCUUCAAGAUUUAAGCUUGAUCUUGGACAAGACAGCAAUAUGAGAUGGGAUGGGGAAGCACGACAGCACGGUAGCAAAGCAGCAAACUGAUGAGGUAGCAAGUUCUAAUUGAACUAGUCUUCAAACUUUGCCUUUGGCUUUUGACAGCAAGGUAGCCACACACAAGAGAAGAGGAAGUAAUUAAGUUGCAAUUUCUCUAUCAAGCUAAGGUGGGGAAGCUGCCAGCAAACUGAUCUUCAAGUCUUCACGUGGGUCUUUGAAGAAGAAGCAAGUUGCAAUCAUGCUAAGAUGGGAAGCUGACAGCAAGGCAACCACAACAAUUGUAAUUAAACAAUUAUGGGCUUGGGCUGCAACCUUGGGCUUCUUUAAUGAGUAGAGUUUUGUGAAGAAGGAAUGCCAACAUUUAUACUAACACAGUCCAUUCUGACUUCGAGCUCCACAGCCUGUAAUUGCUUCUUCUUUUUGUGUUUAUGGCCACCACUACCCAUUAGAUCAGACAAGUACUCCAAAGUUCCUCCAACUCCCAUUUUCAGCUUUUAAGGUUGACUCAAAGAAAAAUGAGUCUGAAAGUUCGAUAAAUAUUUUUGGUGCUUGAGAGUUUAUAUAUAGAGAAGGAUAGAAGUUGAUUGGCUGUCUCUGAAGAAAGUGCAAGGAACUUCCUGGUGAACAAAAGAUGGUAUUCUUGCCUUCUAACACAGAGAGAGAAAGGCUUCUAAGGCUGCUCUUUGAGGUGAGGAAGACGCAGAUUCAAUUCUGGAAAGCCUCCUCUUAUAUAGUGCGAGCUCUUGAAAAUUCAACUCGAGAACAGGAUUCUGCACCAGAGCAGAGUUCUCCUCCAGAACAGUGCUUUCCUCCACAACAGCAACAAAUCAAUUCUGAUCCCUUUUCUUCAGAUUAUGAGGGGAGCUUUCUGGAUGGAUUUUCAGAUCUUGAUAGCUCUGAUAAUGAGGAAAUUAGCAUUCCUACAUCUGAGGAGGAGAAAAAACCUAUUUAACUUUAGAUUGAUACAGUAGCCUAUCAUCUCUCUGUGUCGAAAGAUCGGUUAGCCCUCCAUCCGCUUGGCAUUCGAACGAAGAAUGUUGUGUCUGUUGAGAUUUCAGCGGUGAGCAGAACUGUUGUGAGGACUUGGUGGGAGCAAACCAACCAAAAAGGAAACUUGUAUCACCACGCUGAUGUGCAAGAGUUGAAUGCCGACCGGUUGGAGCAUUACAUCAAUACCUUUGGCGGGUUUGAUCUCGUGGUUGGUGGGAGCCCGUGCAACAAUCUUGCCGGUAGCAACAGAUAUCAUAGGGAUGGGCUUGAGGGAAAAGAAUCUUCUCUAUUUUAUGAUUAUUUCCGUAUAUUAGACUUAGUGAAGGGUCUUAUGGCAAGAUAUAGCUGACCAAUGUAUCAUUUGAGAUCCAGAUACUUGAUACUCUAGUUUGCUUCUGCUCCUAAUUUUAGAUGAAUGAACAUUCGAUGCCUUUGAUAUUUAA